AUGAGAGUACCUAACAAAGAGAGCAUGCUCUUUGUUUUAUACACACUGGAACUCUUGCACCUUUGCAAUGGUGGAUGUCAAAAUGAACUCCCUAUAAAGCACGAAUUUGACAGGUUUUCGAUGUGUCGCUCUGUGGAUUUGAACCGAGAUCAACAGACGUGCCGAUUAAAUGUAAGAUCCGCUGUAGAGGAACCCGGUCUGUUGAUGGCAUCUGACGACACCUCUCAUAUACCGAAGGAGGACUUUCUCGCGAUCGUAAAUGAUGGUUGUUUUCACCACUCCUGCGAAAACAUGUCUAUGUGCCUAGGUGGGAUCUGUGUACCAAUAUUUGACAAGAAGUGUAACUCUCCUCCUGUUGUAUUAAACUCCGAGGGAACCCCUCCCGAGGGCCCCUUCCCUAUUGGACACACCCACAACUAUACGUGUUCCGUGGGAUAUAUAGGGUUCUGGGAAUCCUAUACCACAUGCCAGGAUAAUGGAAAAUGGUCAGAAGUAAUCUUUCAGUGCAUAGAUAUUUGUAUUGUCCAUGGAAACAGGCGGAUAGGGACUUGGUGUUAUUUCUUUACAACUGUCAAAGCAACGCGCACAAAUGCAAACGCUCUUUGUACAAACAGAGGAAUGUAUCUUUCCCGCAUUGAAACCUCGAAAGAAUGGUACACCUUACAGCCGCAUAUCAGUGGUAGCUAUUGGAUAUCGGGAUAUGCUCAGUACGCACCCUGGCCUUACCGAGCCUUUUACUGGUCGCCGGGUUUUAGAAUUGGAUUUGCACCGUGGAUUCCAGGACAACCUGACAAUGCCUUGCUCAAUCAGUGGGACAUCAGAAUCCAGAAAAACGGAUGGGACGAUGAAUAUAAAGACACAAAGUUGACUGUUCUGUGUGAAGCAGAUUACUAG